UAUUAGUGUGAUAAGUUUACUUAUUACGACUUCCGUGAAGACCAGUUUUAAAUCUAGUUGGAAUCUAGAAGUGGUGUAACCGUUAGCCGCACUAUCAAUUCACUGGUCGGAUGUUACGUUGAUUUUGACAGUAGUGGAUAUAAGCCAUCUGAUCAGCCUGAUGUUUUCAUUUUCUUUCAUUUUUCUUGUUGUUGUUAAUGUUGCUAUGAGUAUCCAAACAGCUGUUAAUUCUUUUUAACUUAUUUUGAACAACAUCUUUUGAAAUACGAAAAUGUUUUCAAAGUUGAAAUGACCGAGAGACUACUUACUGGUGGUCUGAAAUUUCUGAAAAUCUCUGUUUCGCGUAGAUUGAUUGGAUUCUGAAUUAUCGGUCGGUUAUCGUGGUAUCCGUAUGUCUGCCUAUCACUUAUCAGAAGACGCAUCCCACUAUCCAGUAGCUAACUUUUGCUAUGUCAGGACGUGAGUGAAAUCUGUCCUCCCGAAGCCCGAAUGACAGAAUGUCGACCAAGGAUCUGCAGGUGCUGGCACGCUCGUUCGUGCAUGGUCUGCAUGACUCCAUCGUGGGGUUUGUCAGCUUCUACAAACUGGACCAGGUAGCAGCGAAAAGUGAGAAAGAAGAGCAUCGAAAUGUGGUUUUGACGGAGUUGCAGCGUCGCAGAGCGGAGAAGCAGCCAAAGAAGUUGGAAAAAAAAGACGAACCACCAAAAAUUCGAAAACGAAUUUUACAAUGCUGCUUGCUGAAUGGUGGCGUAUUUUUGGCCAGUAUUUUUGUAUUUAACCAUAUGAUCCUACCGAUUCUGGAAAUCGUUACUCACCUCAUGCUAGGUCAUGAAGAAGGAAUUCGCUCCACUGUGUGGUCCUGGUUAUCCUUUAUGUCUUCGUGGCUUUUCAAAUUCCUCUGGAUACUUCCCUUGUUCAUACUCAGCAAAGUUGUCAGUUUUAUCUGGUUCCAGGAUAUUGCCGACGCAGCAUACGUAAAAGUGCACCGGAAACCAUCGGCGAUGCGUGUUAGUUUGGGAACGCUCAUCGCUGAUUUGCUGUUUAGUUUGCUCAUCCAGACGCUGUUUUUGUGCCAGGCGCAGUUGACAUCUGUCCUACCUAUUCCCGCAAUGGCCCAGUUCCUGUCAAUCUUCCAUAUUAGUUUGCUCAACGCAUUUUAUGCUUUUGAAUACAAAUGGCUAAAUAUGGGUUGGGAAGUGAAUGAACGUCUGCAUUAUGUGGAAAGCCGAUGGACAUAUUUUAUGGGAUUUGGGUUACCAUUGGCCUUAGCAACAUUUUUGGCUGAUAACUACUGGAUUGGUGGCUGCAUCUUUUCCGUCCUUUUUCCUCUCCUGAUCGUGAGUGCCAAUUCCGCUUCACCUGCUUCUCAAGAAGCGCCUUUUGUCCUGCCCGUGUUCGCAUUAGUCAGUGGUCUUUCGAAUUACGUAGUCGGCCAAGGCGUUGGCCGCGCUCACCUACUUGCUCAGGGAGUGAAAAGUACCCCGGCGAAGGAACCAUCUUCGAAAGAUUAGUCAACCGAUGCUCUAGUCUCUCGCACAACAUUUUGUGGCCUUCCGCUUAUUGUACAGAAUUGCCUUUUUAUGCUUCUUUUGGUUUACUUUUUUAUCUUUUGAUCAUCAAGAGUUUAAGAAUGGCACUGGUUGUCUUAUGAUCGCGUCCUAAGUUAGUUUCUAACUUGUAAGUUUUAUGAAAUUCCCGGAAUGAAACCCCGGUUUUGGUUAUCAACUAAUAACUAUGCGAGAUUUCUGUACGCUAAGCUCUGAGAAUGUGGAUUUGAUUAAAUGGAUCUACGUUUUGAAGCAAGAACAUUGUAAUGAGAACGGGA